AAAGUUGAAGAUGUCUAGAUACUUAAUGGCUUUGACAGUGACCACUCUCGUCGGUGUGGCCGUGGGCGGGUUUGUCCUGUGGAAAGGCAUCCGGAGGCGGAGGAGUAAAGCGAGCCUCAACACCCAGAGCCUCGACACCCAGAGCCUCGACACCCACACCAGGCAGCAGCAGCAGCAUCCGCAGCAAGCACCCAGCAGUGGGGAGUCACCCUCCCCGGAAGAGGACCAGCGGCGUUCCAGUGCCCCCCGGGCCUGGUGGGAGGAAAGGAUCCUCGGAGCGAAGGUGGUCACCGUGUCCCAGGAGGAGGAGUGGGAUCAAAUUGAGCCCUUGCUUAGGAGUGAGUUACAAGAUUGUCCAGUGCUUGGAAUUGACUGUGAGUGGGUGAAUUCGGAAGGCAAAGCCAGUCCUCUGUCACUCCUUCAAAUGGCCUCCCCAAGCGGCUUCUGUGUCUUGGUUCGCUUGCCAAAGCUGAUACGUGGAGGAAAAACACUACCAAAAACUUUGUUGGACAUUUUGGCAGAUGGCACUAUUCUAAAAGUUGGAGUAGGAUGUUCAGAAGACGCCAGCAAGCUCCUGCAGGACUACGGCCCCAUGGUUAAGGGGUGCCUGGACCUCCGGUACCUAGCCGUGAGGCAGAGAAACAAUUUGCUCUGUAAUGGGCUAAGCCUGAAAUCACUUGCUGAGACGGUUUUGAACUUUCCACUUGACAAGUCCCUCCUGCUUCGUUGCAGCAACUGGGAUGCCGAGAAUCUUACUGAGGACCAGGUGAUUUAUGCUGCCAGGGAUGCCCAGAUUUCAGUGGCUCUCUUUCUCCAUCUUCUUGGAUACCCUUUCUCUAGGAAUUCAACUGUAGACGAAAACGAUGACCAUGUGGGUUGGAGAAAAGUCUUGGAAAAUUGCCAGGAUAUGGUAGACAUCCCAUUCCGAAGCAAAGGACUCAGCCGACUGGGGGAAGAGGUUAAUGGGGAAGCAGCAGAAGCUCAGCAGAAGCCAAGAAAUAAGAAGUCUAAGACAGAUGGAAUGACGCCAGGCAACCACCAAGGGAAAGACCCCAGAAAGCAUAAAAGAAAGCCCCUGGGGGUGGGCUAUUCAGCCAGAAAAUCCCCUCUGUAUGAUAACUGCUUCCUCCAUGCUCCUGACGGACAGCCCCUCUGCACUUGUGACCGAAGGAAAGCUCAGUGGUACCUGGACAAAGGCAUUGGAGAGCUGGUGAGUGAGGAGCCUUUUGUGGUCAAGUUGCAGUUUGAACCCGCAGGAAGACCUGAAUCUCCAGGAGACUAUUACCUGAUGGUUAAAGAGAACCUGUGUGUAGUCUGUGGCAAGAAAGAUUCGUACAUUCGGAAGAAUGUGAUUCCGCACGAGUACCGGAAGCAUUUCCCCAUUGAAAUGAAAGACCACAACUCCCACGACGUGCUGCUGCUCUGUACCUCCUGCCACGCCGUCUCUAACUACUAUGACAACCACCUGAAGCAGCAGCUGGCCAGGGAAUUCCAGGCCCCCAUUGGCUCUGAGGAGGGGCUGCGCCUGCUUGAAGAUCCUGAGCGCCGGCAGGUACGGUCUGGGGCCAGGGCCCUGCUCAACGCGGAGAGCCUGCCCGCUCACCGAAAGGUGGAACUGCUGCAGGCGCUCAGAGAGUUUUACAACACAGACACAGUCACGGAAGAGAUGCUUCAGGAGGCCGCCAGCCUGGAGACAAGGAUUUCCAACGAAAACUACAUUCCUCAUGGGCUGAAGGUGGUGCAGUGCCACAGCCAGGGCGGGCUGCGCUCCCUCAUGCAGCUGGAGAGCCGCUGGCGUCAGCACUUCCUGGACUCCAUGCAGCCCAGGCACCUGCCCCAGCAGUGGUCAGUGGACCACAACCAUCAGAAGCUGCUCCGGAAAUAUGGGGAAGACCUUCCCAUCAAGCUGUCGUGAGAGCUGCUCUCCUCCCAGGAUGGCUGGGAAGCUGAGCCAAGGUGGGAAAGUCACCUCUUCCUGUGUCAUUAAUUGUCAGAGCCUAGUGUCACAACUUGGAAUGCUAACCCACGCCAAUCCCAGGAUGCUUCUGGUGGAGGCGGGCUGUUGCUUCAGGGGGAGCUUACGGUUUUGGAUUUUACUUGGGCAGAGUGAGAAUUCCUUUUGCUUCCCUCUUAUUUUUUGUGGACAAAAGGGCCUUGGCCUUUAUUUUACUUUCCUUCUUUUGCUUCCUGUGCGCAGACAGCAGAUGAAGGAUUCUCCCCUGAAGUGACUUGUCCAGACGCUCAGGUUUUUAAUACAUUUCUUCCCUGCCCAGUAUGUUGUUUUUUCUCAAACAGGGGCAGUCAAGUAUUUUAAUCCCAUUGGGUUAGGACAGGAGAAAUUCUUGCAGAGGUUGGAGAGGUGAACAGGAGUCAGAUUCAUUUCCCCAGUUCAAGCUCCUAAUUAUAAAUUCCUUAACUUCAUGCUCUCCCACAUCUCACCUGGUUAAGAUCCAUCCCAUCUAGGUCACUUCGGUUUAUUUCCAUACUUGAGGAUGCUCCCCUUUACACAGCCAGGACCAAAGCAGCGACUUCCUGCCAUAUGCUUCCACCCUAACACUGGAGGAAAUCCUUUUCUGGAAAUAGGCCUUCUAACUGGGUGGGGCAGAAAGAGGUACAAGCAUCAUCUCUCAAGAGAACUUUGAUAUUUGCUUCGCUUUCCCUUUCAUGCUGUUUGUUGUCUAUUCAUUGCAGUCCUCCUGUCCAGAACUGCAAGGUUUUCUAGCUGAAUCUCCUUCUGAGAGGAAGAUUCUCUACUCUCAGAAUCAGUGUCACGUCCCUUCCGUGUUCUGUGUUCCUUCCGAUUUGUAAUACUGACCUCUUUUCAACACUUAAUUCUCUCUUGGAGUCCUUUGGUCGGGUUGCGUUGCGAGGAUUUCUCCACCCGCUCUCGUGUGUGGGACUCUGAGAUUAAUUCAUAUACUUAGAUGUUCAGAACAGUGGUGUUUCAUCUCUUUGCGUGAAGCCACCACUUUGAGCAUAAAUUAUUAGUGAUUAGCAGUUUUUCUAAAGUAUGAGGAGAGUUUUUUUACUUGACAAGAUCGUAACAAACUUAGUGAUUUUAUGGCCAGAAUCCAACAGGAGCUGUUUUGAAAUUGUGCCCAAGUUGGUGAUGGUUGCUGUAACACUGAUAAAUAAAACUUUGAA